AGGCGAAUGAAUUGCUGCUGCCGCCUCAGCAACGGCAUGGACCGGGCAGGGAAGAGGUGGCUGCUGGUGGCGCAGCUGACGCUCGCCUUGGCUUCCUCGCAAGUACAGUCAACCUUCCAAAUCACCACUCCUUACUCACUUUACGUCUGUCCUGAAGGUCAAAAUGUUACCUUGACUUGCAAGAUCAGUGCACCUUUUGUUGACCGGCAUGAUUUCUUUUACAAAUUUUGGUACUUCAGCAGCCAGAAUGAUCACAGUUGUUUUGAGAAAAGGCAUAUCCGCAAUGUCACAGAGAGGGAGCUGCAUUAUGAAGCAGGGAAACACCAUGGAUCCAAUAACAUCACUGCAAAUCAUCAUGGACUAGAGACCUCCUCAGAUCACCAUGGGACAUUCCAUAUCACCAUGGCAAACCUUACCCUGCAUGACAGUGGGAGCUACUGCUGUUACGUCACAGAGGCUAAGAAGGAGCACAACAAGGCACUUAUCCAGCAGCAUGCUCAUGGCUUCAUGGAACUUCGUAUACAAAAAGCAAAUGGCACACUUCCCAACUGCACGUUUCAUCCUGUCAGCAGAGAAAGUGAAAACAUCACAGCUGCAGCACUGGCAACAGGGGCCUGUAUUGUGGGCAUUUUGUGCCUACCCCUGCUCCUACUCCUUAUUUACAAGCAAAGACAAGCCAUCACUAACAGGCGUGCACAUGAACUUGUCAGAAUGGAGAGUAACACCCAAGGCAUUGAGAACCCUGUCUUUGAUGAUGCUCCUGCUGCUAAUUUGGGAUCCAAGCCCAGGCCACAGUUAACUUAUAUGGCCAGUCGACAACAGUCAGAGUCAGAUCGGCAUCUGCUUUCAGAACCCAACACUCCACUCUCACCUCCAAGUGCUGGAGAAUGUUUCUUCCCAUCUCUGGAGCCUGUUCCUGAUUCACCAAACCUGAUGGAUGUCUAAUAAUAGGAAGAAUGUUUCCUCUGAAUCUAUGGACAAGAUUUUGCUUGCUACUUGGGGGUGGGGGGGGGGGAGGCUUUUAUAAGGUUUCCUGUAAAAGAAAUACCAACAGUGUGUUGGUUCUUGUCUGACACUUCAAAUUCACUGUUCUUUCUUAGGAAAUUUCAGGGCAGAAGUUCAGUUCAGGAAGAUAAAAUACUGGGCCCUUCUAGCAUUCUGCAGGUUCUGCAUUAUACGUCAUUGAGAAGGUGAUGAUUUUAUGGACAAUUAUUGCAGCAACAAGUUUCUGUAGUAGUGUACAUCUCACUACACUGGGAUUGUCUACACAGGAUAAGAGAAGAUGUAUGAAGACUUCUUGAUUGUAUGGGGAGCAAGCUCACCACCACCAAAAGCCUUAAGAAAAGGCACGGGAACCUAAGAACUGCCACCCUGCAUUCCUAGUGGCUUCUCACUUCAAAUCACAGAAUGGAGAAAAGUAUCUCCAAAAGUUUCAGAAACUUUUUUGUAAAUGUAUGACAUCUUUCUUUAUCUGGAUUAUGUUGUAUAUGUAAUUUUAAAGUCUGCAUCAUUUUGGUACUUUGGCAUAGCGAACUGUAUAUUUUGCUUGUCGUUUUUUGUCAGAAGAUCAGACAUGAAAAUGUUCCACUACCAUGUUCAGUCCUAACUAACCUUUCCUUUUGUAUUGUAAUGAUUUUAGGAAGACAGACUCUAAAUCUGGGCUCCAAAUUCUAUGAGUCAGACUUUUAAUUUUCUUCGGACUGCUUUGUCAAAUAAUACUUGCACAAUUAAAACUG